AUGUCAUCACCAUUAAUCGAUACAUGUUCUGUAUCAUGUAUAGAUACAAAUUCUUUACUUUUAUCACAUGUUCGUACAAUAGUUAAAUUUUAUAUAUGGCCAUUACUUGUAGCAUUUGGUUUAACAGGUAAUUGUCUAUCAAUAAUUGUUUUAACUCGACGACGUCUUAUAAGAACAAGUACAAAUAAUUAUUUAACAAUUUUAGCUGGAUUUGAUUCAUGUUAUUUAAUUUUUACACUUUUACUUAAUUUUGGUUCACAUCCAAAAUUUUUUCAUUAUUCAUUUAUUCAAACAUUUUUAUAUAUUUUACGUCCAUUAGCAGAUUUUUCUUCUAAUACAGCUACAUGGUUAAUUGUUUGUUUUACACUUGAACGUACAUUAGCUGUAGUUAAACCAAUAUAUGCUAAACGUACAUGUUCAGUAAGACGUUCACGUCAUUUAAUAUGUACAUUAUUAAUAAUAUGUUUUUUAAUAACAUUACCAAGAUUUUUUGAAGAAAUUUUUCUACAUAAAAUUUAUAAUAAUCAAAUACAAACUAAUUUAACAGAAUUAAAUAAUUUAUCCAAACAAGAAAAUAUUUUUCUUAAUCUUCAUCGUUUAUAUUUAGUAUUUACAUGUAUUGUUAUUAUUUGGAUACCAUUACUUUUAGUUUGUAUAUGUAAUUCAAUUCUUAUAUGGUAUGUUCAUCGUUCACGUCAUUUUGGUAAUGGUCUUCAAGCAAAUAAUAUCUAUGAGUCUUAUCAUAAUUCUUCAUUAACAUCAUCAUCAUCAUCAUUAAAUGAUUCAAAUAUAUUUCAUUUACGUCGUCAUUGUCGUGAAAUAAUUCAAAAACGUCGAGUAACUAUUAUAUUAAUAUGUUGUUUAUUUGUUGCACUCUUAUUAUGGACACCACAAAGUUUAUCAUUAACAUAUGAAACAUUAAUUGAAAGUUAUUCAGAAAUGACACAUAAACAUCGUAUUAUUUUACUUAUAUUUAAUAAUUUUUCAAAUUUAUUUCUUUGUAUAAAUGCAUCAAUUGAUUUUAUAUUAUAUUGUUUUUUAUCUGAAAAAUUUGCUCGAACAUGUAAAGAAAUUAUUUGUCGUCUAUGUUCAAAUUAUAAUUUCCAUCGUAUACAACGAAUUCGUUUUUUAUCAUUGGAUCGUACAUCAAUUAUUUUAUCAAAUACAUCAAAGAAUUUGUAUCAACAACAAUUAACAACUAAUGCAACUAAUAAAUAUUAUCAACAAUUAUAUGAUAUUUGUCGGAAUUCAUCAAAUAUUAAAAAUAAUCAAAAUAAAAAAUCGAAAAAGAAAUUUGAUCAUCCAAUAGAUAUAAAUAUUAAAAGUGAUAAUUAUAUAUUUUAUCAAAAAGCUUUAUUAAAAACUAAUCAAAGACUAAAAUAUACUAAAUCAUGUAGAACACCAAUGAAUAAAAUAUCAAAUCCAGUCUUAGAUUAUACGAAUGAAAAUGAUGUGAAUAAUGAAACUAAUUAUUCAAUAAAUAGAUUGGUAAUGAAUUCAACUAAACCAUCUUAUUCAGAACUAGUAUCACCUGUGUAA